UUUUUCAAGGAUACGUCCAAGGAGUUUUUCUCUAAAAUUCUGAAAUUGGGAUCGACUGUUCGUGGAGAUUUCCGAACGAGAUGAAGCACAAGAAAUCAGCGAAAAAGGCCAGCACCAACCUGACACACAUAUAUCUGAACGAUAAAAACAUUACCCAAAUCAACAACAUCUACCCUACCAAACGUAUUCUGGUAUUAUACCUGCACAACAAUCAAAUUUCCCGUAUCGAGAAGCUUGGAGCCUUUACACACCUUACGCACCUAUACUUACAAUGGAAUAAUUUAAGGAAAAUUGAAAACCUGGACGGACUGAAGAAUUUGAAACAGCUCUACUUGGGUUAUAACAAAAUCGCAAAGCUAGAAAAUCUGGGCAAUCUCAAAAAGCUAGAACAAAUUCAUAUCGAACGGCAACUACUGGAUGGAGCGCAGCGGUUCGACUUUGAUGAGGACUGCAUGAAGGCACUUGCGAACCAUCUAAAGGUUCUAAACAUCAAAAAACUCCGGCUUACCCACAUGGCUGCCCUUGAACCGCUCUGGAAACUCGAGGUCCUUCUGGCAUCGGAAAACAACUUCAAAUCAACCGAGGACAUUACCCCUGUUAUCAGCGCUCUUUACUCGUUACGUGUCCUCGAUCUGCAGGGCUGUGUAGCACAAAAGGACGUACACUACCGGGAGAAGGUUACGGCCGCGGCUGGACAUAAGUUGUUACUCUUGGACGGCAAAAUGAUCUCCCAGUCGACGCGAAACUUCAUCAAAAACUUCCAGAACAUCAAGCAGGAGAAGCAACGGCGCGUCCUGGCGGCCAGCGGAGAGGAGAAGGCCAAGACGGCGGACAACUCCAAGUGCUCGCUGGACAGCAGCACCGGAAGCGAAAGCACAUUUACCGGUGGCCACAUCCGAGGCCAUUUUCCAACGAAUUCGCUCUUCCAGGUUACGCCUCGGCGUCCGGCGGUGUGUCCGAGGAUUCCCCGAAAGCCCGUCAUCCGAUCGCCGGUUCUGCUGAAAACGAUGUCGGCCCACUUUGGCGACGAGAUGUUCGGGCGGGCGGAGAUUCGCGGCGGGCUGGAUUCGGGACUGGUGAUGCCGGAACGUGCUGGAAGUCAGCGUAAUGGUAUGGGGGUGGUGCUGUUGCAGGGGAAGGUCAUGAAGGCUGAAGUUCCGGUGUUCAAGGAGAAGAUAAGGGUUCAGAGGAAGGUGCAAUCGUUGCCGUCGAUAGAUUAGUGAAGGUGGGUAGUGUCCGAGUGUUUGCGGUGGAGUGACGAAGUUUUGGUUUU